UAUGAAUAAAAGCAAUAAUUAAAAAGUAACAACUGCCGUGGUGUCGAACAGUUUAGUCUUGCUGGUGAUGAGUGUUCGCAAAAAGAAGCUCCGCACCUUCCAGCUCUGCUUAAUCUCCAUGUGCGUUUCGGAUUUGUUGUUCUCCCUCUGCUUGCACCCCAUGUCCAUCGCCACUGCGCUCGGCUACGAUGCAAAAAGAAUAUUCAAUCAUUCUGGUUGCAUGUUCUUCGGAAUCAUGGCCUUAUUUUUUGGAACUUACGACAUGGUUGCUCACAGUCUCAUCGCCGUGCUUCGUUACAUGAAUCUUUGUCGUCUGUCUGGAGAGAGCCUCUCGAAGCGCUCACUUGCCUCCCUGCUGGUGGCCUGCGUGCUCUAUUCCAUGGUGUGGAGCAUCGGCCCUGCAUUUGACUUUGGAAGAUACGAAACUUUCGAAGUGGGUUGCACGAUUGCCUUUUCGGAUCAAACAUUGUCUGGCAGAAUAUUUGUGAAUUGUGCCUUCAUAUUCGUGUUCUUUCUACCUCUAGCAGUCACCGUUUACAGUUACAUCGCUAUCAUACUGGAAGCUGGGAGACAGAGGAAAGUUUUGGAGAAGUUGGGACACGUGUCUUCGUCAGGAAGCAAUCGACUGGUUGUGGAGCUCAAGCUAGUGCGGCUGACUUCAGUUAUAGCCACAGCAUACGUCAUCGCUUGGUUCCCCUACGCUAUCGUGUGCUUGUACGAGGCUUACGGCAAUCCGGAUUUGGUUCCGAAGAUUUACCGAAUUCUAUCCGCUUUGUUCUGCAAAACAGCCGCUGCCACCAAUCCAGUCAUCUACUUGUUCAUGUCGAAAGGUUUUCGGCGAGAAGUAGCCGAGAUGUUCAGUAUGCUGUUCAAGUACAAGAGGAGGGGCGCCUUCACGUCCUUUCUGUACAACUCGUCCCAGAAGUCUUCGAGCUUCCGUUCUCCUUCCGAGAUCUCCCUCCGUUCGUCGUGGCUCAGCCGAGUGCGGAGUGGCAGCUCCAGAAUCAGGAGGAAGGUCCACAGCAACAACUCCUCCACCAGCGAGACGCCUCACGUCACAGAAAGUCACGUUUGAUGAGCAAUAAUGACGGAAUCAACUCUGUCAGAGAGCGUUUUGGAUUUCUUUCUUUCUGGGUUCUUA